AUGUUGUGCGUGUACGUGUGCUGUUUACAACAGGGACUGUUCCGCCGAGAUUAUUCGUCGACGUGCGAUACGAUGAUAGAACACGAAGACGCGAAGACUAGAAGCGUGGUGGAGUGUAAAACGACAACGGGAAGCUACGUGAAUGCCGAUGUUCUCGAGUUCCUCGAUCCUGUUCGGAUACGCGAGGCAACGCGCUCGUACGACGAUCCUUGCAACACUGACGAAUCGGCCAGAAGGAUGAUGAGACGUUGCUCGAACCGCGGUGUCGAUCACUGCAUGAUGAACGUUCACGUGUACGGGAUACUUGGCACCCGAUUGAAUAGAAUAGAAUAG